AACUUUUUGUCACAAUAUUAGCGUUUUAGACCCUAAUUUUGUUAGCAAAAUCCUAUUUUAACACAGCACAAAUGAAAUAAUUAGCAACAGAAUGGAAAAAUUUACGGAAAUAUUUAAGAAAAUUAUUAAUUUUACAGACCUAAAUUUAACAGCUUACACUUACCACCAAACAAUAUCUUUAAAAUUAAUUUAAUUACAUAUAUAUGACGCAGUAAAGUAGUUAAAUCAGAGAGUUAAUUGAAUCCCUAGACAGUUCAUUAAAGAUCGAUAUUCAAUCACGUCAAAGUUAACUAUCUGUCUGACCGAAAGCCAGCGUGUUGAUUAAUCAUCUAAAACAAGAUGGCGGUCACGACAACAGCUGAUUACUUUUAGAGUCUUUCCUUUGGCGAACGUUGGGCAACGUUGGUUAAUGGUUUGUUGUUUCAAAUUGUGGUCUUUGGUGAAAUUGUAAACUUGUUGUCGACUCCGCCAUGAUUAUUUCGUUUGUUAUUGUUAUUUCGGUGUGAUUGUGAAGAACUGAGAGCUUGGAAAUUACGUGUUUUGUUUUAUUGUAAAUGGUUACUCAGCAAAAUUAAGAAGAAGAGCCUAGUUUUUGUAGUGAGUUCUUGUCGCAAACAUGACUUUACUAGUAGAAGACUCGACACGUUCGUUCAAAGAAACAUUUUACGAAAAGCUUUUGGAAGAUGAUGAGCGACAUCAAGGUAGGAUCUACAAGAAAGUCUUGGACGCGGCAAAGAAUUAAUGACGUAAUCAACAAUGUGAAGAAUGCUAGGGUGACCAUGCUUACACGGGGAAAUAAAACGUCCAUGAACUAUUACUGGUUGGCCAAAUAUGACAUAAUGACGACAGGUGGUGAAGAAUAUUUAACCUUCAAAAGAAAAGCGGCAGAAGAACCAAUUAUUCAAAUUGUUGCCCGUGAAGACUAUUUUGACAUCCUGCUGAGUGCCCACAAGAGCUGUGGACACGGAGGGCGAGAUAAAAUAGUAUACUCCCUGAAAUCAAAAUUUUAUAUACCCGUAAGAGCAAUUCAAUUGUUCUUAGCUCUGUGCCCUACGUGUGACGCAAAAAGACACGCUCCCAGAAACAGUAUAGUUACGCGACCAAUCGUGUCACAAGACUUCAAUAUUAGAGGACAAGUCGAUUUGAUUGACUUUCAAUCGUGCUCCGACGGUGACUUCAAGUGGUUAUUAAAUUAUCAGGAUAAUGCCACCAAAUUUGUAAGUCUUCGCCCCCUGAAAUCUAAACGAGGAUCAGAAGUUGCCAUGGAGCUCAUGAAAAUAUUUAUGACAUUUGGGGCGCCCUACAUUUUACAAUCAGACAAUGGACGUGAGUUUACAGAAAACAUCAUAGAAGAACUGACUGCAAUGUGGCCUGAAUUCAAAAUUAUACACGAGAGCCCAAGAAGACCUCAAACGCAAGGGAGUGUAGAGAGAAGUAACCGGGAUGUGGAAAACAUGCUGCGAAUGUGGAUGAAAGAUAAUAAAUCAACUAAUUGGUCAGUCGGGUGCUAUUAUGUUCAAUACCAAAAAAAUUCAUCAUUCCAUCGGAUAAUUGGCCGCUCACCAUAUAAAGCCUUAUUUGGUAAUGAUCCAGACCAGAAAAUUAUUUCAGACCAAGUUAGUAAUUCUAAUGACUACGCGGCUACAACCCUUACAAUUCAAAGUGACGAGAUCGUGAACGAACAAAUUCCAAAGGUUAAAACAGAAGAAGACCAGCUUGAAGCUGUACAGGUCUCAAUUAAUGAAUCAGAAGAAGCCCAGCUUGUGAAAGUACCGGUCUUAAAAAAGGAACCAGAAGAAACCCACCUUAUGGACGUACAUGUUUUAAUAAAUAAACCAGAAGAAACCCAGCUUGUCAGGAACCAAGCGCAUAUUGGCAUAAAGCGUGCGGCAGAAAUAAUGAUAGACAAUACUGCCAAAAAAUUUAAACCACUGAAUCUUGGUAGUAGCGUUCUUAUCAACGUGCCUGAAGUGGAUCGAGGACCCCUGGACACCAAAAUUAUAAGAGGAAGGGUUGUAGAUAUCCGCAAUGGUGUUUAUAGAGUAGGGACGAAAACUGGAACUAUAAAAAACUGGUUUCCGAGGCAUGAAUUGCAAGAGCCGGUGGAUGAUUACCAUGAUGAUUUAUUGGAUGUCCCAAUUUCAUUAAGAGAAGCUGUUAGGAAUGAGUCCAUAUUUGGAGGACAGGGCUUCCAAAAGUGCACCUGCAAGCCGGCACCGAAGCAAUGCUUCACAAACAGAUGUGCAUGUUAUAAAAAUAAAGUGCUUUGCGGCUCUAAGUGCCACACCAGUUUAUCUUGCAUCAAUAAAUAAGUUUAUGCAGUGACUUUUUAUUCGAUUUUUGCAUAAUUUGCUCGUGAUAAAAUAUUACUUUUUAUUGCUCUUCUCUCUCCUAACUCAAUAUUCCUACUAAUGCAAUGUAAUUAAAUUUGUUCAACUGUGUUAGAAAUGAAUUUAAACACAGGUAAGAAAAAGCACGAUUAGAUAAUAAAUCUUGAGGGCGGCGUGGAAUUUGGAACACUUAAUAAAUUUUCUUCUGCGACAUCACUAAUGACACUGACAAAUGACAAGUAAUAAACGUUGGAUGUUAAACGUUUCGCAGUCGAAACUCGAAAUAAAAAUAGUAAAUCCUUAAUUUUAUAUAAUGUUUCUUUGCUAAAUAUCUACUGGAAAUGCAAAUGGAUCUUUACUGAAUACUAAUACUGAGCUUUUCUCUGAACUUAUUUCUAAUUUAAAAAAAAUCUGUAAUAAGUCUGAAGUUUAUUUAAUGCUUUGUUUAUACUAUUUACCGCUUUGUUUAAACUUUGAUUUUCACUAUACAAAAGCAAGUCAUCUGCAAAUUGCAAUAUAUUAACCUGGGGUUUAUUUAUAUAAUCCAGUGUUUGUUUGGGAUGUAUACAAGUUUAACAACAAUGUUGACAAAGUUGCACCUUGCAUUGUUCCUUAAUUGGCCUGUUUAGGUCCAUGUAACUUAUUAUUAAAUUUAACAUAAUAUAUUUUAGUCCUGUCGUUUAAGAAAUUGAAAAUCCAAUUUAGAGUUUUUCCUGGUAUAAUCAAUUUAUGUAAAAUUUUGAUUUGGCUCUCAAUAUCAACAUUAUCAAAUGCACCUUUAACAUCUAAGAAUACACAAAUCACAUUAGAGUCUAAUCUUAGCUUUUUUGAGAUCAGCAAUGAAAGAUACAAAGGUUUCAGAGCAACUUCUACCUUUCCUGAAUCCAAACUGAAUAUCUGGUAACUUUCCUUCCGAUUCAGCAAAGUAAUUUAAUCUUAUCUUUAGCAUGUUUUCAAAGAGUUUACCUA